UAAAGAAGUCCCCUUAUCUACUCAAUUAUUUAGAAGCUGCAUCACAUUCUUCUUAUUGCAUUGUUAAGAUAACAAGAACAAUCCCCAGUGGACUUCCAAGCCUCCUUUAAGGAUUUGCCAUUUGUCUCCUCCUUGGGGACUGUUCAUAAAUCACCCUCUAGCUAAACACAACUCAGUGCUAAAGCACUUGGCUUAUCCGACCUUCCAAUAGUUGUCAUAACACCAGCGGGAGCUUUCAAUGUUCCCUUUCCCUUUCCCUAGAAGCCAUGUGCUUCCAAGUAGACCCCAUUCUCCCCUAAAGCUUGGGGGCGAAUCUCCUUAAAUUUGUCUUAAGCCUUCUCUUCCAGAGCACCAGCUUAAACCGUCUCCUCAGCGGGCGUGAGGGGCCUCGCAUCUCCUUGAGGCAUGAGUCCUUUGAAUUGGCAUUAAAAUUCUUACAAAAACUGAAAGUGAAAUGAGGAAGACAGAUUGAGCAAUCCGCAGAAGGGCAAACGCCAGUAAAGCCAAGGCCCAGGAGGGGCAAAGAUGCACAAGGGGAGAAAGAAGAAAAGCAGGAGAGCGCUCCGGAGGGGGAGAGCCCGGGGCUGCCUCACAGUCAAUGCGGGACCUCGAGGCGCACAGAUAACAGGAAAUGAUCCGUCCUCUGCGGUCACUCAUUGUAAAGGCCCCAGCCUUCAAAGUGCAAGUCGGGAAUGGAUGACUCCACGGAGUGGGAGCAGGCACGCCUUUCUUCUUGCCUCAAGAAAGGGGGAGAAAUGAAACUAGAGUGUGUUCCCAUCCUCCCACAGAAGGAAAGCCCCUCGGUCCGAUUCUCCAGAGAUGCAAAGCUGCUGGCCGUGACCUUGCUGCUGGCCCUACUUUCCAGUGGCCUCACGCUUAUCUCUUUCUACCGCGUGGCCACCCUGCAAGCGGACCUGGAAAGCCUCCGCGCAGAACUGCAGGGCCACGGCGCACCAAUGCCCACCCCGACCCAGGCCCGAGCCGCGGCUCCCGCGGCCCCAGCAGGACUGAAAGGCAUCUUUGCCGCAGCCGCUCUGGGGGAAAGCCACUCUAGCCCCGGCAGCAGGAACCGGCGUGCGCUUGAGGGGUCCCAGGAAACAGUUACUCAAGACUGCUUGCAACUGAUUGCAGACAGCGACACACCAACGAUUCGUAAAGGAGCUUAUACAUUUGUUCCAUGGCUUCUCAGCUUUAAGAGAGGAAGAGCCCUGGAAGAAAAAGAGAAUAAAAUAGUGGUGAAAGAAACCGGGUACUUCUUUAUAUAUGGCCAGGUUUUGUACACCGAUAGCACCUUUGCCAUGGGACACCUAAUACAGAGGAAAAAAGUCCACGUCUUUGGGGACGAGUUGAGUCUGGUGACAUUGUUCCGAUGUAUUCAGAAUAUGCCAGAAACACUACCCAACAACUCCUGUUAUUCAGCUGGCAUUGCGAAGCUGGAGGAAGGAGAUGAACUUCAACUUGCAAUACCACGAGAAGAUGCAAAGAUUUCACGGGACGGAGAUGGCACCUUUUUUGGGGCAUUGAAACUUCUGUGACCCACUUAUGCCGUGUCUGUGGCUCUUUGCCCCUCUUCCUCUGCACCUCUAAGGGGGAAUCACUUAACUGGAAGUGCCAAAAGGGGAAAAGUAGUUACCAUAGCCUUUUCUGUGAGCUGUUUAUUUUGGUUUGCUGAAAGUGGUCCAAAACAGGAAAUUUAACAGACAACCACAGCCAAAGAGUGUCAUGUGAAUUACAAGAAAUAGAGCCUGUAUUCAGAAAGAUAGAAUUAUACUGAAAAGUCUUUCUAAUUCUAUCUUGAACAAUGUACCACAGCUUCUUCUCUCAGAGGAAGCACAUGGCUCAAAGAGCAGUAGUGACUUCUCCAAAAGUGAUAUUCCAUCAUGUCCCCUGGAACUUGUGCCCACAUCUGUAGGACAUGGAGACAUCUAUGGACAGUCUCAGAUUUCAUUUUUUCUUGUUAAAAAUGCCCCUCUUGGGCCUGGGGUUAUGGCUCAGCGGUAGGGCUCUUGCCUCGCACAUGCAAGGCCCUGGGUUCGAUCCUCAGCACCACAUAUAAGUUUAAAAAAAAAAAAAAGGCCCCUCUUUAAGUUAAUGUCAUAGAAAGUUUGACAACAACAAAAAAACCUCUAGAAAUCUUGCAUUAAGUACAAGAAUAAUUGAAAGUUUAGUGGUUUUGAUUUUAGGUUCCAGUUAAAAGAAUAAACAACUUUAAAAAGUUCAAUUUUAAAUAUUACACAAUUGGACUGAAAAGAGGAUAAAUGUACCACUUAAGUUUUUGCUUGGUUCAACUAUGCAAUUUUCACCUCUAAUAUUAUCUAUUACCCAGACAUUUCACAGAAGGAAAAGAAUUUUCUCCAUUGUAUAUGCAUGUAUGUAUUUUUUAUAAUUUCACUUCAAACAUUUAGAUGUAGGGCAAUUUCACCUUAUGCAUAUAAAGCACUAAUUAAAAAUAACUAGUUGCACUUAUAUAAAGUAAAGUCUCCAAGAGAAAUGAAUGAAGACAUUUAUGAUAAAGUAAUAUAAUUUCCCUUUAUUUCUGGUUUUUCUAUUUCAAACUGCUGCUAUUGUAGUCCACGUAUCCCAGCCUUUCACACACACCUGGUACUUGCUUUAUGGAAGCGGAGGUGUCACUGAAGGCCUUAGCAUCCUGGAGUUAGGAGCAUGCAUGUACUCUUGCAAAGCUCCAACGUCUCAGAAGACAUGAUCGUAAUUCUAAUUUUAUCAGGAAUCAUACUUGACAAUGCCGUAGUACUUAACAUUUUUGUAACAGCUGCUUCCUUUGUCUUUUGUCAUCUUAUCUCAUUAACAGUAAACUUCACUAAGUAGUUGCCUUCAUUUGUUUAAAUAGUUUUUGGAAAAAAAUGCCCCAGUCUACAUCAACUUUUCAUGUAGAAAGUUUUUAAAGACACUUUUCAAAACUAAGAAAAUGAUUUAAGAUUGUAUCUAAAACCAAACUUUGUUUAAAUCUCUGGUUCUUAAGUUUUUCCUUGUUGAUCCAAAUAAAAUAUAUUUAGCAAUUCA